AUCGAACAUGCGGUUUUUCGCCGUCCUUUUAGUGCCACUCGUUUUUGCCGAAAUCUGUCCAAUGGACAAGCAUGCCAUCUGCAACACCGGGCAUUUGUCAUGCACCUGUUCAGUUUCUCAGGAAGAUGAAGCCCCAGUUCCAGAAAUCUCUUGCAAUGCCCUAAUUGCAAGAGACUUGGAAACCGGAAACUUCCCAGUAGUCUCCGUAGAAUUUGACCUGAACAACUCCGCCGAAGCACUGGAAGAGUUCCCAGAAGACGCUUUCAGAGACAAGAUUUCAUCGUCGCUCCGUGUUGACGAGGAAGAUGUUAUUGUUCUUCGCACCAGCUGUGUUGGAACUGAUGAUACCUUGACCAUUCAAUUUGUUAUCCUCAAGAAAGACACCAACUCCAGCGCUCUUCCAUUCGCUAUUGAAGAUCUCAUCGAUGCUGAAUCCAUUGCUACGAGAAUGAAGGCCAUGGGACACCUCUCUCAAAUUGCUAACUUGGACGUUGACACCAUUGAAUACACCGAGGAAUUGGUUGACUUGGAAUUUGAGCCAAGCAACCUUGAGCUGAUCUUCAAAGCCAUCCUUCUCGCACUCAUCUUCGGAUUUUUCUUUGUUCUCGGAGUUUGGAAGCUCACGAAGAAGGGUGAUGAAUACGCUGACGAUCUUCAGAAGCCAUAAGAAAUUUGUGUUUUUCAUCGAUUUAACUCCGAAUUUAUUGAAUCGACUUUCCCUUUCCCGAUCAUUACUUUUAAACGACAAAAAACCUUUAUUUGAUUUUUUUUCAACAAAAGUUGUCAUCACAGUAAGACUACGGUGGAAAUUUAGGAAUUUAGCGAAGUGGUAAAAAUAAAACAAAGCACUGGG